AUGUAUGAGAGUAGCAAGACACUGGUGAGAUGUGCAGCGGAUGACACAGAGGAGUUUGAGGUUACGGUGGGACUGCAUCAAGGAUCAGCGCUUAGCCCUUUUUUGUUUGCAGUCAUUAUUGAUUGUAUGGCGGGAGAGGUGCAGAGGGAGGCCCCGUGGGAUAUGGUAUUUGCAGACAACGUUGUGGUGAGUACAGAGACAAAGAAGGAGGUAGAACAGAGGCUGGAGUUAUGGAGAGAGGCGAUGGAAGUACGAAGUAUGAAAGUGAGCAGACAGAAUACCGAAUAUCUGAAAAUGAAAGCUGGGGAGGAAGAGGAAGAGCAGGAGGAGGAAAGGAUAGUAAAAAUGCAAGGUGAAGUUGUUAAACAAGUGGAAGAGUUCAAGUAUUUGAGAUCCACUUUGCAGGCAGAUGGAAAGUCAGAGAGGGAAGUUACGAAACGGAUACAGGCAGGAUGGGGAGCAUGGAAGAAAAUAACAGGCGUGAUGUGCGACAGAAAUGUUUCAGACGCUGUGAAGGGAAAGAUGUACAAGACGAUGGUGGGACCAGCGAUGAUGUACUGGAUGGAGACGUUAAACUUUAACAAAGGCGCAGGGAGGAAAGAUACAAACUGUGGAGAUGAAAAUGUUAAGAUGGCCGCUGGGAAUCACAAGGCGGGAGAGAAUGAGAAAUGA